AUGGGGGGACAGGGAGCACCCAGUCCUGGGGACCCCCCCUACACAGCCCAGGACCUUCUCCACCCCUCGGUCACGCUGGAUCCACGGGCCGAGGGCACAAGGUUCAACGAGGCCAAGUGCCGGGAGCUGCAGAAGUUGGCCUCCAAGCACCCCAGCCUGGUGCCCGUCGCGCUGGAAGUGACCGACCCUGCCAGCAUCAAGGCAGCUGCAGCCAGAGUGGGGGAGAAGCUGGGGGGCUCGGGGCUGAACCUCCUCAUCAACAACGCUGGGAUGGCAAAGCCAAACUCACUUGAUAUGGAGACACAGGAGAGCAUGACUGAGAUUUACACCACCAACACGAUUGGGCCCUUGCUGCUGAGCCAGGCGUUCCUGCCCCUGCUGAAGAAGGCUGCCCAGGGGAGCCCGGGCUCAGCGCUGAGCUGCAGCAAGGCCGCCAUCGUCAACAUCUCCAGCUCAGCAGGGUCCAUCCAGGAACUCUAUAUGUGGGGUCCCACACAUGUUGUCUCGUACCGCUGCAGCAAGGCUGCCCUGAACAUGCUGAGCAGGUGCCAGUCCCUGGGGUACCGGGAGCACGGCAUCCUCUGCGUGGCUCUGCACCCCGGCUGGGUACAGACCGACAUGGGCGGCGCCGGGUCACUGAAGCCCCCCUUGACGGUGGACGAGAGCGUGCGAGGGAUGCUGAAGGUGCUCUCCUCCCUCUCCGAGAAGGACACUGGCACCUUCCUGGACUGGGAAGGGAAGGUGGUGCCCUGGUGA